AUGAGUGCAGCAGGGAUGCAGCAGCUGCAGAGACAAAGAGAUGGCAUGGCCUGUAGAAUGAAGAAGCUGGCAGCGAAGCAGGCGGAGAUGACAAAAAAGACAAACGCAGUGAAGGAGAGAAUCCGGAAGCAGUACGAGGACAUGAAGCGGGUUCUGGAUGAGGAUCUUAAGAUCACACUGACCCAGCUGGACACCGAGUACGAGGCCACAGAGAAGUUAGUGGAGGAGCGGAUAGAGGACGGCUACCACCUCACUCAGGAGCUGGACCACGAACUGUCCAACAUGAGUUUGUCUUCAGCUCAACUCUUUGUUUUGUAUGAAACUAGAGUAUCUGAGACUCUGAAGCUGUCUGACCCCAACAUUGUUCAGAUGGAUGAGUUCAAGAAUGAACAACUACUGAGUCUCACCAUCAACCUGCUGCUGUUCAUCAGAUCCCAGGUGCCUGUCACCAAGAAGAUGUUUCAGACCUAUGCAGCAGACGUUGUCCUCGAUGCUGAAACUGCCCACCCAAAGCUGAUCAUCUCUCCCAAAGGCGACUCAGCCACCUACACGGACACCUGGCAGGAUGUCCCAGAGACCCUCUUUGACACCACCCUGAAUGUAGUCAGCCGGCAAGGCUUCAGCGAGGGCCGCCAGUACUGGGAGGUGGAUGCGAGUGGGAAGACCUACUGGGAGCUGGGGCUCACCUACCCGAGCAUCCCGCGCAAGGGUCGCGAGGAGGACUCAUGGCUGGGCCGAGGAGAGUCUUGGUGCAUGGAAUACUUUAAUGGAGACUACACAGCCUGGCAUGGUGGAUUCCAGCACGAGCUGCCUCUGCUGGCAGGAAAGCAGUUCACUCGCAUCGGGGUGUACUGCAGCUUCCCCGGGGGUUUGGUGUGCUUUUUAGGAGCCGAUACGGUGACCCCGCUCCACUGCUUCUGUGCUGGGACCUUCACUGACACCCUACUUCAAGCCGUGUGUCCUGGUCAUGACAACGAAGGCACAAACUGGAAGUCCCUCAAAGUCUGCGAUGCCUCUCGAUCGGCUCCUGUUCUCUGA